GCGUGGGGCUUGGCCCAGGCCGGGAGGUGGUCGAUCCGAGGCUUCAGUCAGCCGAAAGCAACCAUCGUGCAGCGGUCUGUUCGGCGCCAUGUCGUUCUGCAGCUUCUUCGGGGGCGAAGUUUUCCAGAACCACUUUGAUCCGGGUAUCUAUGUGUGCGCCAAGUGUGGCUACGAGCUCUUCUCCAGCCGCUCAAAGUAUGCACACUCAUCCCCAUGGCCAGCCUUCACUGAGACUAUCCAUGCUGACAGUGUGACCAAGCAUCCAGAGCAUAAUCGGCCUGAAGCCUUAAAGGCAAAGAAAAUUCUGCCUCCCAGGGGAAAUAGGCGGGCAUCCCUCAGCCACCCCAGAUGGGUACUGCAUGGUGGCCAUACUCUGGCCACCCUCACUUGGAAUUGGUACCCCAGACAUUCAGACAGGGAAGGAGGGUGGCUGAAACAUCAGGAAGGCUCCCGAGGCCUUGGCUCUGCACUGAUUCUCCUUGGGAAAAGUACUGGUUUGCCACUUAUGGCCCAUAUCCCGCUGCCAGGAUGGGACUGGAGGGCCCAGCUGUCAACUCGUCUUGGCCUCAGGGAGGUGGGCUACCUUUACUUCUUCUCAGUCCACUCCCUCCUUCCUGCCUGUCUGGACUCACCCCUUAGGGACCCAAUUCUGAGACUGACUCUGGCCUUCACUAAAGCUGGUGCCCAUCUCCCUCAAGCUAUGCAAGGAGACAGUACAAAUGGAGGCAGCCCCAGCUGUCUGCUCCAGCCUCAGUCACUGCAUGAUUCACUCUGGUUAAACCCUUCUAGGCAGCCAGAGUGUUGACAGAUCUGUGACUUGUGGUGGGAUUGGGCAGAGGGGACAGACCUUUGGGCUCUCAUUUAUGAGAGGAGAAAUCCUGGAUGCUGUUUCACAAUGUAACUACUGCUUGCCUCACUCAGUCUUAGGAAAGCAUCUAUUGCUCCAGUACCCUGUUUGCACAAGGUUAGGGGCCCUGGAGCUCACAGCCUAUAGUCCACACCUUCCCAGGGCACUGUGACCACGCUUUAUUGCCCUGAAGCUCCUGCCAUCUGGGAGGGUGGGUGAUUCUGAAGCCCUCUUUCCCAUCUUGAAUCCUCUCUGGAAUGAUUAGGAGGAGAUGAAUAAACAAAUGAAACCCAGGCCUGCUCUGUUUAUUAGCAUCACAUGCCAGGAUACAAGGGUCAGGCUUUGAACAGUUGUUUCAUUUGUUCCACAAAUAUUUACUGAGCAUCUGCUUUGUGCCAGGUUCUAGCCUCGGUGCUGGGGAUGCAGCCAUGUGCAAGACAGACAGGGCCCUCGGGGUUUUAUGGUAUACUUGAGACAGUAAAUUCAUGUCAGAUGAUGAGAAGGACCCUAAGCAAUUACAACAGAAUAAGAAUAAUAAUGUUAGGAUAUGUGGAGGGGGUGCCUCCAGUGGUCAGGGAGAGGAUGCUGAGGAGGGGUCAUCUCAAUUCAGCAGUGACAGGUGAGAGAAGCAAGGAGAAGAGCUUCCCAGGCAGAGGCACAGCAUGUGACAGGUGCUGAGAUGGCAGCAAACUUGGCAUGCCCCAGGCCUUGUAGGGGGAGUUGCAAAAUGUGACCUAUGAGGAGGUGUGCUACACUCCAAAAGAACUACGUUAUUUUUGCAAUUUAUAUUGACAGAAAUCUGGGGAAAGUGUGGGAAUAAACAUUAAGGGGUGGGAUAGUGGUGGAAAGAACACAAAGUUCUAUCAGGCUGAAUUUAUUGACAGGGGCUCACUAAGAGACUCGGGAUUUAAUGUUGAGGUUAGAAAGUGUUCUAACAGUUUGUUUAGUUGGUUGACAUGGACCAAAAGGCCCACACUAAAUGGAAUUGAAAUACCGGACCUGCCUUAGUCCACUCUAGAGAAAGGGAUACAAAGGCUUAGGGAGAUUGGAAUGUUACAAGGGAUUUGACAUUUAAGACCUGUCCUGGGAAUGUCCGGAUGACACACGUUUCACCACCAUUGUGAGUAUCCCAAAGAGCUCUGUGAUCACUCUUCUGUGUAGGCCAGAACUUAAUGAGAACUGCUGCCGUGGAAUUGGGAAACUAAAUGCAGUAGAUAGGGGCAUUGGAUCCUGAGAUGUCAAGGUCCAAGUGGAGGUACUUAAUGGCCAAAGUCAAGGUGGGUGUGGUUAGCCUUAUAGCAAAGUCAAAGCAGCAGAGUGUGACUUACUGGCCUAUGGCAUUGGCUGCUUGAUCAUGAUGUCUCUAGAAGUGAAAUAGAUGGGAAGCUUACUGAAUUCUUAGUUAUCUUAGCUCCUAAGCAGAAGAGUUCUAGGUCAAGUGAACAAAAGGCUAACUUAAUCAUAAAGACAGUUAUGAUCCCUUAAUCAAUUGCCAGACUUGCGUCAGUUCACAGACCCAGAACUUGAAUGAAGGGGAGGCCGGACCCCUUAAGGAAGAACCCUGGUAUGCUGCCCACUAGUCUUUCAUCUUUAAUCUUUACAAGUAAUCUUUCUUCUAGCCUUUCCUAAAGGGACCUACAGUCUUUUACCAGAGAGCCUGUGUGGGGAAAAGGAAAUAAUCAGACAUUUCUGGGACUGUGGACACUGGAUCUAAACUGAUAUCAUCCAGUCCUGGCCUGGUAGCCCAGUUGGUUAGAGCAUCGUUUCAGUACGCCA